AUGGCAAGAGGUUUUUUUUAAGUGAUCUUGGUUGGCUUUACCUAGUUUCUUCUCCUUGUUCCUCUGCUCAAAGUCUCUCAUUGUGUGAGGCGAGAAGAAGCGAAGUUUCUUCUUCUUCUUCUUCGUCUUGUUGGUGGAGACGGUGCUUUGAUUUGUUAAAGACAAGAGUUGAGAGGAACCGCAACAAAUAAAAAGAGAGAGCUUUGGCAUUGGCUUGGCCACAUGGGCCAUUAACAGCUCACAAGGAAUUAGGAAAGCUUUCCCGCUUUGCUUUAUAUCUCCCCAGGCGCAAAGCUUUCUUCCCGAGCAGGGCAGAGGAACAACCUUUGAGAGGGCGAGGGCGCUUCUUCCCACGAACAAAAAUCGCUUUUUUUUCCUCUCCUUCUCGUCGAUCUCUUCCUGUCAAUCUUUCUUCGCAAUGGGGGCCGAAGCCACUCUCACAAUGCCGGUGGAUUUCAAGGUGGAGCUCGUCAAGGAGCCGGAGCUCGUCAUGCCGGAGCAGCCAGUGGAGGAGCAGCACUACUUCCUGUCAAACUUGGAUCAGAACAUCGCGGUGGUGAUGAAAACAAUCUACCUGUUUGAGUCGAGCAGCGCCAGAGCCGCGGACAAUCCCGCCGACGUGAUCCGCCAAGGCCUGUCCAAGGCGCUGGAUCACUACUACCCGCUCGCCGGCAGGCUGGGAAUCAGCAGCGAAGGAAAGCUCGAGGUGGUGAUGAAGAAGAGCGGCGAUGGAGCCGAGCAGCAAGGAGUCGUGUUUGCCGAGGCCGAGGCCGAUGCUCGAAUUUGCGACCUGGGAGAUAUCAUCAGGCCCGGUUCCACACCUCUGCUCCAGCUUGUCUACGCAAUUCCGGGCGCCAAGAACGUCCUUGAAGUUCCUCCCAUGACUGUCCAGGUGACGAAAUUCAAGUGCGGCGGCUUCGUCCUCGGGCUUUGCAUCAACCACUGUAUGUUCGAUGGGAUUGGAGCGAUGGAGUUUGUUCACGCCUGGGCCGAGCUAAGCCGAGGCUUUCCACUGUCACUCACCCCCGAGCUCGACCGGAGCGUCCUCAAGGCCCGGAGUCCACCGCUGGUCGAGUUCCCCCACCUCGAGUACGCUCAAGUCGACGACGUCUCUGGCGGCUCGCAGCAGAACUUACACCUUAACGACGACGACCAACUUGUGUAUAGAGUGUUUCGUAUCCGGGGCCAGCAGCUGGAGCAGCUCAAGUCGCAGAUCGAUAACGAAAUGGUGGCGGCACAGGAAGAUAACGUCGACGCCCCCGGGUGGCGAAAGUGUAGCACCUUCGAGGCGCUCUCGGCUCUGGUGUGGAAGUGCCGGACCAAAGCUCUGGCCAUGGAUGACAGGCAGCCGAGCAAGCUUCUGUUCGCGGUGGACUACCGGUCGAGAAUCCAGCCACCGCUUCCCAAAGGUUUCAUGGGAAACGGCAUCAUGCUGACUUACGCCAUGACCACGGCGUCGGAGCUCGAAAGCAAGCACCUGUCCGAGGUGGUGUCGCUCGUAAGAGAGGCCAUAGCUCGGAUUCACGACUCUUAUAUCCGGUCCUCCAUCGACUGCUUCGAGCUGCAGCGUUUCUGUCCCAGUCUCUUCUCGACUUUGCUCGUCAGCACCUGGUCUCGGCUGUCUUUCCACACGACGGACUUUGGAUGGGGGGAGCCGCUGCAUUCAGGCCCCGUCGGUUUCUCUGAGCCGGAGGUCUGUCUCUUCCUCUCGCACGGGAGAGAGACGAAAGACAUGAAUCUCAUCCUCGGCUUCCGGUCUGACGCCAUGACACGGUUUCAUGACGAGCUGGAACAGGUACUUGGCCAGGUGCUGUGCUCCACCUAAACACUCGUUUCCCCGAACAGACUGCUUAUUUUUUAUAUUCGAUUCUCUACCUCGUCCCUGCCCCUCCCUGCUUUGAAAGAAAGAGAAACACAACAGUAGGAAAAAGUAGCAUGCAGAAUAGUUUGAUUUUACCUCUACCGCUUCUGCUGCUGCUGCUGCUGCUCCAGCUUUGAUCAUCGAGUGCAGGAAGGAAAAGGAAAAUGCAAGCUGCUUUUCUUGUUCCUGUUGUAAAGUCUCGCUCGAUCGCAGCUGUGGUGUAUAAAGAAGUUGGCAGUGCCACAAAGAUGAGCCUUUAAAGUC